AUGGUUGUCAUCAAUCUUGACCAUAUCAUCCCUUACCACCCUUCACUUGUCCUUAAAUCCCCAUCCAAGCCAUCACAACCGCGCGCCUCAGGCUCUGAGAUCUCAGAGCAUUCAAACUUCCCCUUAACGCCACCUUUAAAGUCACAUCCUCUCCCACCUCGCCCUCCGCUACCACCUCCUCGUCGUUUUAUUUCACAUUCCGCAUCUCCUCCCCUUCCAAAUUCUCCUUCAUCUGCAUUAUACUGCUCCUCUGGACCGUUGCAAAUCACCAAUGUCCCUCCAGUCCCUGAGUCCAGUAUUGAUAUACGGCUUACAACCGAUGCAAACAAUUUUGACAAAGAGUUUGCCAAACUUGACGCUACGCCCUUCAAAGGCCAGCCGUGUCUCAACCCAUCCAUGGACAACGACAAAUUCCAGCAAGAUGACGGUGGAGGUAACGUUGCAACGGGGCAAUCAGUUGGGUUAAGCAGCGGUAAGGAAAUCGCCCCCCUGCCAUCUUAG